AUGGCUGUGAGCAGCAGCAUCUUUCUCUAUAUCACGGGAGGACGCACGCUGUGGGUGCCAGGGCACACGCCGGCGCCGGGUGAAACCAAGCCUGUGCAAAUUCUCAACUUCGCCUCCCCGCGUGAGUUGUCGCGCUCCUUCUACCUCUUCGACAUGCCCAUCCAGCUCGUCAAUGACCCCAGCACGGCGGCGAUGAUUCCAGGCGGAAAGACCCCUGAAGAUGUCAUUACAGCCGUCAACGAAUUUCGUCGCGUUUGCAUAGAGGACCAGAAUUUCUUGCUGAAGCGAUGCUACGAUGCCAACAAACCACCCCCUCCGUCACACAACCCGCCACAGUUGCCGUUACAGCCACAACCACAGCAGUCACCGCAGCAGCAGCAGCAGUCGCAGCCGCAGCAACAAUUAUUGACGGGCAUCGCGGGAAUGGCAGAGACGCUCGGAACGCGUCAGAAUCCUGCUUUUAACGCCGCUGGCACAAACUUAAAUCAGGCGUUGCUUCUACAACUUCUUCAGCAACAGCAGCAGCAGCAACGUUCGUCGAUGCCACUGCAUGCUUCUCCACUUCAGCAACCACCUCCAAUGAAUUUCAACCGCGGUAUGAUGAGGGGUUGUGGUAAUGUUCCAGCCGGUGGAAAUAUGAUGAUGAACAGUGCUGGUCUCAUGCCGCAAGCCCCCUCGAUGGGGUAUAACAACAAUUACUUCAACCCCAUGAUGGCAAUGGGAGGUCGCAGUGCGGGGUUGAUGCCGACUCCUAAUUCAUACUCUGGCACACCCACCAUGGGGAGGGUGCCAGCCGCAAUGAUGGGGCACAGAGGCGGUGGUUCCCGAGGCAUGUACUCUCAUGGUCAGUUUCAGGCCCCGGUGCGUGAUCAGCCUGAGGCGUUGCCUAAUCUUCCGCCUAUCCCUCCCGAAAUUUUAGAGAUGUACAUGGACCCGCGGCAAAAGUUGAUGUGUGCUACAAUGCCAGGACCGCGCUGUACAGUGUGGCUACGCGAGCACGAGAUACCCCCCGUCACGAAGAAUCCAAGGUAUGUGUUCUGCAAGGAGGGUAUUGUGUUGAUGCUCAAGACCAAAGGUUCGGAGGUUGAGAACAGCAAACCUGUAGAACUCUUUGAACAGCAGCUCUGUGCGCAUUUCUUAAUUCACAACUACUGCUCCCGCACCAACUGUCUCCACCGGCAUCACACGGAGACCCAACUGCGGCAGUUAAUUGCUGGGAAGCACGUAGAGCUAAUGUCAAUGACAAAGAAGGAGCGGCAUCGCCUUAGCGAACGUGUGUUGGAGAAGGAGCGGGAGAGCCUUGCACGGGCCGCAGAGGAUCGUGAGCAACGUGCACGUGAGCGGAUGGAUGCGGCACGGCGACGCGAGGGCGCUGGUGGCAGCACAUCUAAUAGUGAAGCAGUAGCACCCGCUCCGUCCAACAAUCCGCCUCUUGCACGCGUUGAUGCUAGCAUCUCCGACGACGACGACGCUGACCGCAACAAAAAUGAGGAUGGUAAUGUCGAAAAGGAUGCCGACAAGAAGCGCAGUGAAAAGGACAAUCACGCAGGUGAGAUGAAGAGCGAUGGCAACAAGUCCGGUGAGUCCCCGUCUGAGCGCCACGAAAACGAGACAAGUGAGAAAGGUCAAGUGCAGAAGACGACGGUUGCGCCGCGGCGGUCGACGCCCUUUGCUUCACGCAGAGUGCUGAACCCGGCCGACAUCGGCGUCACAGACGAUGAAGAUGAUGAUGACGGCUCAUCCUCGUCGUCAUCCUCAUCCUCUUCAGCCUCCUCGUCGGCGAAGGCAUCAUCGACAAAGAACUCUACGAACCCCACCGACGUCGUUAAUACAACGAUGGAUACUGCGGCCGACAAAAAGUGUGAUGACGAAGUAGCGGAGGUUGACGCCAAAGCCUCCACUGAGGCAACAACACCCGCCCCUUUGCCUGCAGCGGAUACAACGGUGGAGGAAGCACACGAUGCAGGGGAUGUGGUAGCAGCGGCAGAGUCAAUGACACAAAUAACAACGGGAGGAGAGGAGAAGGAAGACGAAGACGAAGACGAAGACGAAAAACUGAAUGAGAGAGAUGCGACUGACGUGGCUGAUAGACCCGAGGUAGCGGCUUCAGCAGAAGUAGAGGAGCAGGUCACUGUUGAAAACGAGGAUGAGGAGGCGAUUGCUGAUAGAACAGAAGAGGAGCAACAUCAGGGUUCUGAGGAUGUUCCCGAGACUGCAGAGGGUGAGAGCGAAAACAAGAAACCAAAGGGAAAGAGCUGCGGAACCAAACGCACACGUUCUCCGGUGGCCAAAAAGCCGGCAGCGAAGGGAAAGCGGCCCAAAAAAUAA